AUGCCGCCCCCACGCCUGCCCCGCCUUGGGGACGCUGGGGGUGACCUGGGCCCCGCGUUCCGGUCCAUCGGGCCUUGUGAGGGUCCGCGGGGGAGGGAGGAUUCAAGUCCGGUCCUGGACCUGCACACAGUAGCCGCUUUCAGCCGGCAGUGCGGGCGGGGACCCUGCGGGGUGCGGAGGUGCCCAGCCCCGGCUGAGCUGCGGUGCCGGCGGAGGGCGAGGUGUGCCUCCCAACUCGAGAUGGAGAUGCGCCCCCGACCCGCCUGCCUAUCGCUACCCCCGGACAUCUCGGGCACCCCAUUGUGUCUCGAAGCAGCAGCUCCCUCGGCCCCCGCCGUCCUCGCUUACCUUCUGUCGGCCUCUCCGUUGCGCCCGCACAGCCGGCCGCUGCCUCCAGUGCUCUGCAAAGCGGGGAGGGACGCUUUGUUAGGGCUCCAGAAGCCGGACAAUACUUCGCAGCCGGCGCCGGGGUUCUGGGCGGGCGUCCUUCAAAAGGACGCGAAUGGGGACCAGCGCGAGCGUCAUUUCCAUAUGUAA